CCAUCACUUCCCCAAUCGAUCAAAUUCCGUGUGUGUGUGUAUCUGCAUUUAAAGAUUAAGCCGGAUCGUCUUUCGAGGAAGUGACCCGCCUUUGUCAGCGGUAUCGCUUCCGGGUGAAGCGAGGUGACCUCUCACCCCCGUGACGCCCGCCUCUUCCUUUCCGGUGUUGGUUGCUGCCUGCGGAGACGUGCGAGUAAGUGUCGAGAGAGGGGGGGAACUUCCAUCCACCCCCAUCCUCGGGGACCCGGCUGUCCCCGAAUUUGUCCGCGGUUUGCCUGGCCUCUCCUCCGCCGGCUGCACGGGGAGGGCGGCGGAGGGGAGGGCCUGGUGCCCCCGGGGUCCGCGGGGGUAGGCAGCACCGCGGUGGGAAGGAGCGCGGCUGGGCAAAGCGGGGAUGGAGCCUCGUAGCGCAGCCCGUCUUUCCGCCUUUUGUUUUAGUUGCGUGCCUCUUUCUUUAUUAAGAGGCGAAGCAGUAACUUGAGUCGCUUUCCGUGAUGUAGGCCGUUGUGGUUCUCAUUAAGGCCAAAGUGGACGAGGCUGAGAGGUUCCCCCAGGGCCGCCGCUUGGGCCUGUGGCUGAGUCUGCUCUCCGGGAGGCAGGCUGGCUCCCUUCCUUUUGAGAUGGUUUGACGUGGGAGAAGCUUCUUUAUUUAGUAGCUGCCGGUUUCUUCAACUCACAAAUUCCCUCAUCUCUAGGAAGGGAACUUUCUGGGUUUGAUUGCGGCCUUGUGAGAUCAGAGAUGAUCUGGCAUCAUGUUUGUGUUUUCAGGCCGUCCUGUUAUAUUGGAGGGGGGGGGAUCCACGUAUCACGGAGUCGUCUGCAUCUGCAAGGUUACAUAUAGUACACGGCCUAGUUUUGCAGGAUUGCAGCCUUUAAUAGCCGUAUUUUUAAAGUUUUCACCUCAAAGGCUGCAAUCCUAAAGCCCACUUACCUAGCAGUAGUUUGCUUUCAAUUCCGUAGGACUGACUUCUGGAAAUCAGUUGUGCUUUAGAGAGCAAAACGUGCUUGGUUCUUUUCAACUGGAAUACCUCACACACACUGUUGUGUGUGCAUGCUCUUUUUGGAUUGUUCACUGUUUGGAGAUUAUAUGCUUAAACCGGUUGUAACCACCAUUCAUAAUUAUAGAAUGAAUUUUUGUGUUCUAGGUGGGGGGUAGGUUGAGCUUUAUACAUAGGAGAGACAGCUAACCCUUCUUUUCUAACCACGAGAACAGUAAAUCAUAGUAAUGGCAUAGAUUAAUAUAUUCUCUAUGGCCAUGAGAAUUCUCAGCCAGACCUGGAAAAGUUUUCAGGAUUACUUCUGCAGUCAUUUGGGCUAGGAACAUGGUUUAUUUUGUUUUUUAAGUAUGCUAAAGCUGCUGCCAUAUUCCACCGAUAGCCAAUGUGCUGCCAUCCAGACACUGUAUUCUCUAACUCCUAAUGCUCCUUAUCAAUGGUCAUGCAAGCUGAGGUUGAUUGGAGUUGUACUACAAAGCAUCUGGAGGUUACCGUGUUGACUACCCGUGCUGUAUUACUGUCUCUGCAAAAUCGCUGCCAUCUAGGUUUCCAUACAUUCUGCCUAUAAUCCCCUUUAUUUGAAUGUUGAAUGUAGUGACUGGAGGGUUUCUCUGUUGUAAGAUAAAUAUCUGUUUUUUACAUACCCUUUUGUUUAGAAGUACUUAAGUGCUGUUGUGCUGUUGUCCAUUUGCCCCUACUCCAUCUUCUUGAUGGCAUUAUCUGUACAAUAUAUAUUGCUAAAUAUUACAGAUAAGAGCAGCGGGGAUCUUGCCACAUGUAUGAUGCUGGGAAAUGUAUCAUGCUAUAGGCAUAAGCAUACCUGAUUGAGGAGUGCAGGAUUUUUCCUAUAGGGAUGUGAUUGUGGUAAUGUGUGCUGUUUGAUUAGCAUUAUUCUUACUGUGCAAGUCAUUCAGGGAGGUUGUUAAUUUUUGUAACCUGCUAGCUAGUAUAGUGUGGAAGCAACACAUUUCACUGAAAUGCUGAGUGUUGCACACUCAUACAGAAGGGAUGUUCAUUUAAUAGGCCUGAAAAAUUUUUUAAAAGAAAGUGGAGGCCAUUAUGUUAAGUCAUUUGGCUUCUAUGCCCUGUUUUAUGAAAAGAAUUAUUAAAAGUCAGUGUAAAUUAGCACAAGUUUUGUGUUCCAAGAACUCCCAAUUCUGGUUGUUGUUGGUCUCACAAAGCUGUUCCUGCCAGUUAAUAUAUUGGAUAUAUCUUAAUCAAGACUGUGAACUUAGUAAACUAUGGUGCUAUUGAUGUCCUUUAUCUUCCCCUCGGAUUCAUAUAUAUUGUGAGAGAGAAGUACCUGAUGCAGUGAUUUCCUUGUUUUCUGAAGCAAGGAAAAGCUGGGUUGCUGCAAGGGUGAGUGGAUGUUGCUGGGAGUGAGGUGCAGUUAGAAGCUGGAACUUCAGGCACAGGUGCUUCUGUUGCAACCUUUGCCAAGGUGUUUUGGACUAAGAUUCCCUUCUGCCCCAUACAGCACAACCAUGCUGGCUGGGGCUGCUGGGUGUUGUAGGGCACUAGGUUGGUGAAGGCUGCUGUACUGCCUGACUGAGCUGGAAGUUGGCAUCAGUACAGAAAGGAUUUUCUGUGCACAGAGAUGCAAAAAGGGCUUUGAACUAGCCCCACGUAGCUGCUUAUUAAAAUAGCUUGCUUGUGUGACUUGGGUCUGAACUACUUACUUUCCUUACCCUGGAAUCUUAAAGGUUUAUAAGUAGAUCCCUUCCAAGAGACAGUACUUUAAGGCCUUCCAUAUCCUCCAUAAUUUGUUGUUGUUUUCUUAUAACAGAAAUGGCACCUCGUAAGGGCAAGGAAAAGAAGGAAGAACAAGUUAUCAGUCUGGGACCACAGGUGGCUGAAGGAGAGAAUGUGUUUGGAGUCUGCCACAUCUUCGCUUCCUUCAAUGACACUUUUGUCCAUGUAACUGACCUGUCUGGCAAGUGAGUGGGCACCUGUUUAUGACUGCUUUCUUUAACAUGUUUUUUAAAAUGAAAGAUAUAUGGGGGCAGGGAAUGUUGGUCUAUGACGUUUGGUAAACUUUUACACCUCAAUACUCCUUAAUGCAACUCCUGGACAUAUAGUGCUGGACAUCACAGGCAGACCCUUGAUCAAAUGCAGAAGUCAAGAGACACACUCACACUGGUACAGAAAGCUUCUCUUAUUUUAAAAUCCUAUAAGUCAGGACUCAGGAAACAAUGUGGGCCUCCAGGUGUUUCUGAACUACAAAUCCCAUUGGUUGUGCUGCCUAGCUAGGACUGGUGGGAGUUAGAAUCCAACAAAAUGGAGGGCCACCAGUUCCCCAUGACCUGCUAUAAGGUGUUCAGGCAUACGGGAGUAAGUGGGAACAUAAGGGACAGCUAAACUUCAUGUGGCUGGUUCUGUGUCUUAUCUGCUAGGAUUUAGGACUUGUGGGCAGCAGUAGAGACAGUAAGGCUUGGAAGUUGUUGCUUCCAUAUUUUAAAAACAAUUUGGCAAAGAAGCCAAGAAUACAAUUUCUCUGCUUACCCUGUAGCUUUGUAUCUCCUGUGAAAGUGAGACUAGACUUGAGGUUCCUCAAAUAAUCUCUCUGUUCCUUCUUUCUCAGGGAAACAAUCUGCCGAGUAACUGGUGGCAUGAAAGUGAAGGCUGACAGGGACGAGUCUUCUCCUUAUGCUGCUAUGCUGGCUGCCCAGGAUGUAGCUCAGAGAUGCAAGGAGCUGGGAAUCACUGCCCUUCAUAUCAAGUUGCGGGCUACAGGUGGAAAUAGGUAUGUGUGUCAUUCUCUCCCACACAGAGUUUAUAAAAUGUAAUUAAUCAGAUACUAAUUAGUAUCUAAGGCAUUCAGCAUUCACCUCUUAACAGUCAACAUUAUGCAGGAAUACCAUAUGAAAACUUUACCAUAUAUAUAAUUUUGUAGCAUUCUGUAGACCAAGGUGGGGGCGGGGAACAGAGAGGAUACCCUCUUGGCACUGAAUGCAUAUAUUGGUUGGCUUAAUAUCUUUGUGGAUAUUUGGUUGUUUUUCCUCUUUCCUAAAUAAGCUUUGCGUUUAGAUAGACUAAGUUGCAGUUUGGACCACCAUGAUCUUAUAAAAAGUAUUGUCCACAUUAUUUGUCAGUGAGAUCAGGUUGCAUCUAAUAUAGCCUUGGGGUGUUCUGGUUUUUCUUUUUGAAAUAUGACAACCCUAAUAUAGCCACUUCUUUUGAAUGCUUCUAUGUAUUUCCCUUAAUAGAACAGAGAUAUUCUAUGCCCAUUAGACAUAGGCCUUGCAGUCAGAAGCAAAAAAAGAGGGAAGCCUUCUCAGUUCUGCAUAGGGUAGAAAAGACAAGCAGCAGAGAUAUCUUGAGAAUCCACAUGGAUUAUGACAACGAUAAUUCCCAAGGGGUAGCAGGUACCCAAGACAAAAAAAAAGAACAUAAUUUCAUGAAUCACAGAAACUGAUUGGCAUUCCCAGUAGAUUAAAUGUCUGAAUUGAAAACACAAAAAAACCCUGCUGGUUAAUAUAAAAUGCCUCCAUUACACUCUUUCCUUCAGAUUUCAGCAUAAAGGUGAGCCUAUGAAGUUAGCUGAACAUGACAUGGCUUUUAUAAAAAUACAGUAAGAGCCCUAUUUGCCACUAGACCAAAAGCCUGAAGUUGAACUGCCAUUUUAUCUCCCUGCUUGUCCCAUAUUGGUCUUUGUCACCAGUUUAUUCCCUCCAUAUGAAUUAUUAUAGAACCAUCCAGUAUAUAUAAACAAAUGCAGUGGAGACCAACUGAACAUCAGAGAUAAUUAGUAAAUGCUUAUCUGUUUCAUGUAGUUCCUCAUUUUUUUCCUUUGCAGAACAAAGACUCCUGGGCCUGGAGCCCAGUCAGCCCUCAGAGCUCUGGCUCGAUCUGGCAUGAAGAUAGGGCGCAUUGGUGAGUUGUCAACCGAAGAUGCAUUUGAAGAAUGCAUCUCCUUGGAAACCAUCUCUUUUAGAAAACGGCUGUUUCUUAAUGUCCCAUUCUUACUCAGGUGUUAAACAAACCCUCUUGGUUUCCUGUGAUAACGCUUUUCAAGAUUGUGGGGUACAUGCUAAAGGUGCUGAGUUUAAGAUAUGAAGUACAGAAAUAUUGCAGAUUAGACAAGGAGAUGUCCCAACAUCAGGUAGUUGUGACCUUUAGUUAGAAAGAAUUGAAACUGGUGCUAAGCUGCAUUUUGGUAACUACCAUGGGAUUAUGAAAUGUUUUCCCCUGGUAGUUGUGUCGUCCCUUCUUAAUUAAGUAAAGUGGAAGUCCUAAAGUCUCUGCAGACUUGUCUGAACUUGGACUUUCACACCCUAAAAUACAGUUGCUGUAAAUUGGAAGUACAGCUUCUCAGUCUGACUUGCGAUCCUGCAGUAAAUUGGGUUCUUAGUGUUAGAUUUUGACCACCAGCCUUCUGCAUUGGAAAAUUGUUUCAUUUUCCAUAUGAAAAGUGACUUAGAGGGUUUUGUAUGUUUGUGGGACCUGUGUAUGCAAGAAAGUCUUCUGAAUGUGAAAUCCUUAUUUCUCUCCACAGAGGAUGUCACCCCUAUCCCGUCAGACAGCACUCGCAGAAAGGGCGGUCGCCGCGGUCGCCGUCUGUAAACAGUAGCUGUUAUCUUUCAUCAUUAAAGCUUUCCAAUAAACCUCUGCUCUCAUUUGUUCUUUUCUUAUACAACUCUAGUCACCGCUGGUGUCCUUAGAAGUGCAUCCUUGAGUGGACCUUUUCUCACUAAUUACAUGAAAAGCAGUCUCUUUUGGGGAGUAUUUCUGUGCAUUAACAGCUUCCACGGGAUUUCUGUUGUAUCACUUUUCCACUGAGUUAUUUUUCUAUGAAGCUACUCAAUACUACUUAGCAAAAAUAAAAAAUCUUGCUACAGUCUAAGGACGAUUUUGAAGGUGGUUUUGAAGUAGAGACAAAGCAUCUCAAUUCCAUAUAUAGAUUGAACUUUAAAAAAACCACACACAACCCUGGUCAGCCAUUUCCCCCAAAGAACUGUUCGGUUUUAGAUGCAAUAGGCUAGCAAUGUGUUCUUUUGAUUUUGUAUAACAGAAUUCUGGACUCAUCUUAACUUGCCACAUACACCUUUCAGGGAUCCAUUUAGAAAAACACUUAAAUCUGUAUGAAAUGAAUAAUUCGAUUCUUCCCCAUCUGCCUUUUUCGAUGCACCUUAGCUUUUCAUUAUUUUGUAUUCACUAGUGCAUUGUCACAUGCAGAUCGUCAAUACAGAUUUACCAUGGUAGAGCUGUGGAUCUGAAUUGAGAAUUUUCAUUUACAUUGCAUUAUUGCUGCACAGAAAUCCCAAGCUUGUUUUCUCAGAAGUAACUCACUGCUUUCAAUGACAUUUACUCCCAUGUAAGUGGAUAGCAUUGCAGUCUUUGUCUUUUUGUCAAGCAAUUGUGUGAGAAGUGUUUAUCUGUGCAAAUUCUCCACGGGGUUGGUUUAAAUAGUGCUGGAAUGAGCACCAGCAAAAAUAAGGACUUUGUCAUAGCUCACAUUCUUAUUAACACUGCACUUAUUUAUAUCCUGUCUCUUUUAAUUUUGCUAAAAAUUCACAAGAUAGCUUCCACUAAAACAGGCACAAAACUGUUCAGAAACUAAUUGCAUUAAUAUAAACAGGCAUGAAACGAGAAAGCAGCAGGGUUUUGUUUUUUAAAAAAAUAAAUCACGGUACUAAAAUUAAACUUAAUUAAAAUCUCAGACAAAUAAGUUAACUUUACAUUGAAAGUUAUGAUUGGUGCUCUACAGGCCAGGAGCCACUAUAGAAUACGGCAUAUCUCAGGCUACUACCCCUUGGUGUCUGAAGAUGGAGGCUUUCAGAGCAAGAACUUAGAAAAUAAUAUUUAAAAAUUGUUGCAGCGUUACUUAGGGAAGUUUUUAACGUUUGAUGUUUUAGCGUGUUUCUAAUCUGUUGGGAGCUGCCCAGAGUGGCUGGGAAAACCCAGCCAGAUGGACGGGGUAUAAAUAAUAAAUUAUUACAUUAUUAUUUCAGUAAGGCCAUGCCUGGUUCAAUAGUCUCUCUAGUUCCAUCAUGCCAAAUGAAUGCUAGACCUUUUCUGGAUACCAACUGUGUCCAAGUUGGAGCAACAAUAGUAUUGAUAACCAAAUGGCAUGUAAAAGCAGAAAGGGAGCUAUUGGCGUUUUGGACUGUUCCUCUGCCUUGGGUUAUUUCCCUUUUUAUAUUAUGGGCUGUACAGUUCUAGUGUUUUAAGUGUUUUCUUCAAAACAGGUUUUGGUUCCGCAGCACGGUUUUGGUGGCAGGCUAGUUUCUUCCUGACUCGGGAGAAACAAUACAUAAAAUGUCACAGGACCUUGCAUGUAGCUGAGGUCUACUUCUGUAUUUAGGCUCUGUAUUUAGGCUGAUGAGAAUAUGCAAGGGGCAAAAGCGUAUUCUCAGAGCAAGCCCAAAACAUUUUACUGCCUGAGGCAGUACAGCAAAUGGCACCGCCUUCUCUCCAAAUUGAGCUGCUGCCCUGUACCUAAGGGCAGUCAGGUUAUUUUGACACUUGAAGCAAUGCUUAUCCUCCUUGGUAUUAAUAAUGCAAUAAUAAAUAAAUGGCUCCACCGUUUUGUGGGACAUCAUUGAAAGAAAAAAAGGCUAAGGAGUAAACCAGGCUUCCUCAACCUCAGCCCUCCAGAUGUUUUUGGCCUACAACUCCCAUGAUGCCUAGCUAGCAGGACCAGUGGUUGGGGAUGAUGGGAAUUGUAGUCUCAAAACAUGGAGGGCUGAGGUUGAGGAAGCCUGGAGUAAACCCUACAUAAGUAUGGAGUGGAGCCCCUAAGGUGAUUGGAUGGCACAUUGUACGCCGCCACCUGACAACUGCAGCCAAGCUGGUGUCAGAUGUAUUGCUCUGCUUUCCUUUGGACCACAUCAGUGAAGUCAAGAGAGGGGUCUUCUGGGCAGCCCACAACCUCACACACGCUGCCCAGGCUUGCAGCCCAGAGAGGUCACUUGGGUGCUGCUAAUACAGCAAUUUGACUUUGCCCCCGAAGCACACAACAUUGUCUCUUGAGAUAGACAGAUGUCAACAAAAUCAGCUUUUUCAUGAAACCCAAAAUCCUCAUUCUGCCUACCAGCCCUUAUUCACCUGGUCCCUGGAUUAAUGACUGCUA